GCCGCCUCCCAGCCCUCUCUGCUGGACGCGCUCUGGGCCGCCACAAGACUAAGGAAUGGCCACCCCGCCCAAGAGAAGCUGCCCGUCUCUCUCAGCCAGCUCUGAGGGGACCCGCAUCAAGAAAAUCUCCAUCGAAGGGAACAUCGCUGCAGGGAAGUCAACAUUUGUGAAUAUCCUUAAACAAGUGUGUGAAGAUUGGGAAGUGGUUCCUGAACCUGUUGCCAGAUGGUGCAAUGUUCAAAGUACUCAAGAUGAAUUUGAGGAACUUACAACGUCUCAGAAAAAUGGUGGGAAUGUUCUUCAGAUGAUGUAUGAGAAACCUGAACGAUGGUCUUUUACCUUCCAAACAUAUGCCUGUCUCAGUCGAAUAAGAGCUCAGCUUGCCUCUCUCAAUGGCAAGCUCAAAGAUGCAGAGAAACCUGUAUUACUUUUUGAACGAUCUGUGUAUAGUGACAGGUAUAUUUUUGCAUCUAAUUUGUAUGAAUCUGAAUGCAUGAAUGAAACUGAGUGGACAAUUUAUCAAGACUGGCAUGACUGGAUGAAUAACCAAUUUGGCCAAAGCCUUGAAUUGGAUGGAAUCAUUUAUCUUCGAGCCACUCCAGAGAAAUGCUUACAUCGAAUAUAUUUACGGGGAAGAAAUGAAGAGCAAGGCAUUCCUCUUGAAUAUUUAGAGAAGCUUCAUUAUAAACAUGAAAGCUGGCUCCUGCAUAGGACACUGAAAACCGACUUCGAUUAUCUUCAAGAGGUGCCUAUCUUAAUACUGGAUGUUAAUGAAGACUUUAAAGACAAACAUGAAAGUCUGGUUGAAAAGGUCAAAGAAUUUUUGAGUACUUUGUGAUCUUGCUGGAGACUACAGGCAGCCAAAUGGUUUCAGAUACUUCAGCUUUGUGUAUCUUCGUAGCUUCAUAUUAAUACAAGUUUCUUUAGAAAACCCAAGUUUUUAACCAUUUUUGUUCUAAGGAAAAAGAAAAGAUUUUUAAAUGAAUCUUAUGUGAAACUUUUUGACCAGUUUUCUUUUCUUUUCUUCUUUUCUUUUUUUUUUUAAAAAGACAUUUAAAGACAAAGACAUUAUUUCUCAUAGCAGGAAGUGUAGAGGUGGAUGGUUCCAGAAUCAGUAUAGUGGCUAAACUACAUUAGAAAAGAUCCAGCUUCCGUCUUUCCCCUCUUUUGUCUUCCUCAGCAGGUUGGCUUUUUCCCCUGGUGCCUCUCACCUCAUUGGUGACCAGUUUCUUAACUGAAAGCUUUAAUGUUACAUAGUAAAUAGUAGUGUGUCCUGUGUAAAUUAGUAUACCUAUUAAAAGUUGCAAAGUAGAAUUAAAGGAAUUCCUAGAAUAAGGAUUCUAAAGUUUUAUUUUAAAU